AUGGAAUAUUCGCCAGUCCAUAAAGAGCCGAUCCCACGAAUUUCCACUCCUACGGAAGAUGAUAAGCACCGGAAUCACCCAUCAAGACCAUUAUCCACUUCAUUACGACACUGGAAGUGGGAGCUUGCCACAUGGCUGCUAGGGACGACUGCGCUCGGUGCAAUCAUCGCCCUACUCAUUGUGUACAGAGAUGAGCCGCUCAGGAAUUGGACCGCUGGUUUCAGCUUGGCUACCACUAUCGCCGCUCUUUCGCAGGUCGCACAAUCCGCGUUGCUUGUUUCGGUAUCAUCCUGCAUCGGCCAACUUAAAUGGUCGUAUCUGCGUAAUGAGCGUUUAACGCUCGAUAUCAGUAGGUUCGAAGAGGCUUCUCGCGGGCCCCGAGGAAGUCUCAUGUUACUUUUGAGCACUCGUCCGUAA